UAUAUGCCCGAACACUAAAUUCUCCCGGUGGAAUAAAGUGGAGGAGCAUCCAUUGUUGGUCACACUAGCUAUAGCUACUGUAGCAUGAGCAGUGUGUAACCAAGGAAACCAUUCUGCUGAUGCGGCCGCAGACUUUUUAUAGUGGUUAAAGUCUCACAUGCAUUUAAAUAUAUUAAAAAUAUAUAUACAUAUAUCGAUUUUGAUGACGACCUGAUUCACUAGAGUCAUCAACUGAACCCCACCCCGAAAACAUGGCAAGCAGAAACAGGGGUGCGUGUCUAUUUCCUGACUGUGGCUCACAAACAAGCAGCGCUAAGAAGAAUUUUCUAAUGAUGCCUCCUGAAAAAAAGCUCCAGUACUUUGAGAGUCAGGCUCAAGCCCAUGAGGACAAUCAAGAGUUUGAUGCUUGCAUCCAGGACCUGGUGCAUUGCGUGGCUCUGACAGUGCUAGCAUACGGGGAGCAACACCUGAAACUGGCAGAGGCCCACACCAGACUUGCUAAAGCAUAUUUCCAGUUCAAAGGCUGGGGACUGCAGGCCCAGAAGCACUCGACUCUGGCCAGAGAAAUGCUGAGUUUCCUGUCCACCUCCUCCAAUAGAGGUGAAAAGAUUCUCAUAUGUCUUCUAAAUGUGAACCUCACACAAGGUGGUGCUUUUCUUCUCACAGACAAUUUGCUGGAGGCAGAAUUCUAUUUCCUGGAGGCAGAACAAAUCCUAAAGGAGCUUCAUGAGUGCAGUGUUAUCACUCAGGAAGAAAAGAUAAAGACUCAGCUGGAAAUCUCCUCUGGUCUAUACAGGGUCUAUAAGAGACAGAAUAAACCAAAGAAGGCCUUAAGCCAGUGUGUGAAGUCCCUGCAAUUGCUGAUGGACUGUGGUAAUCCAGAGAGGACUUGCUCCAUCUAUAGGGAUAUGGCCACUAUUGAACAGGACCAAGGUCAUUUGGAACAGGCCAUAGAGCAUCUCUCCAAGGCUCAUGCCAUAGCUAUGAGUCAUGGCCUAGAGGAGCUGGAGGGGGCUCAGAUCUCCCACAGCCUGGCCCUCAUCUUUUCUGCUGCAGCAGAGUCCCAUCACAAUGACUCUGCAGGUCACUACUUUGAACAAAGUUUAAAAGCAUACAGGAACUCUGUAGGUCCACAGGAUCCAGCUUUUCUUGCUGCCCAGGAUGACUUCUGUCACUUUCUCCUUAAUAAUGGGCAAAAACAAAAAUGUAUAGAGAUCCAGAGAGCCUCUCUUGAUUUUAAAAGAUCUGCAUUCGGUGAGCUGAGUGCUGAGGUAGCCGAUACCCUUCAGCUGAUAGGAAGUGUGGAGUUGACCGAGGGAAGAAUGACCCAGGCUCAUAGGACACUGACAAAGUGCCUGAAGAUCCAGAGUUUGUUGUAUGGUCGUCAGCAUGAGAAGACCAAAGCUGUACAAAGAACUGUGGACAUGCUGGCUAGGGCACCAGAGGUGGCUGAGAAGAUCCGGGGUAAAAGGAAAACAAAACCACACACUUUUCCACUUGUACCAGCCAGUGGUAAUAAUUAAAACUUCAUGUCAAACUGGA